AUGGCUUCCUCCGACAUCGACCAGAAGUUUCUUGGCAGGCUUGCCAAGGCAGUCGAGCACGACAACCCCCUCCUCGCGUCGGUCUUGUUUCGAAUCCUGGGCCUGUCCAUCAGCCUGUCGGCCCAACUGAUCAAGGCACGGAAACAGCGGUGGCAAGAUGCCUCUCAAGCAGCAGCAGCGCUAGAUCUGACCUGCCACAUUGUCUGGCUGUCCCGAGAAGGACUAGUCUUGCUCCAGCAAUACGUUCUACCCAUGGUUGGCAAUUAUGUCGAGCUCAAAGUGCUGGCGUACAAGCUGCGUGCCUCGUUCUACCACGUCUUCGUCCUCUUUCACAACACCCCGCCCGUCUCUACCAUGGGCGUCCACACUCCCGAGGCGCAAUCGACAUCGGCCGUAUCCGGCCCGUCGCCACGCGCCGACAAGGGGAAAGGGGUCGCCAGGGAUGACCACGACGAGACAUCGGGCAAGGGUGGGCCGGUAGCACCGCCUCCAGGGUUCGGCCCAGCGCCGCCAACAGCCUUUCUGAUGAAGCCGGGCGACUAUCUCCCAGAAGCACACCGAUAUUUCCGCGAAGCCGUCCAGCUAGCCGACCAGUUGUUGUGGGGCUCGCACUCGCUCCGCCUGUCUGUCAAGACCGAGUACGCCGCCUUUCUGUACGAAUGUGUCCAUGACGCCGAGGCCAGCCGCAAGGUCGCCAAGGAUACCAUCGCGGAGGUUUAUGAGGCCACCGAGGGCAUCGAUAACGACAUGUUCAACGACGCAUGCGAGCUUGUCACCGUUCUUGGGAAGAUGAUGAAGCGCGGGCUGGGGCCAUCAAGUACAACUGUCCGGAGUAAAGCGGCACACGGUGGCUCAGGCUCGGGGACGAGCCAUGGGGCGGCGGCGCCACAGGUAGAGCACCAGCACCAACACCAGCAGCAGGGCGAGCAGGGGGGAGCGCCGCCGGGAAUGAUAUAG